UUAAGGUGCUGAGCGUGUGCAUGUCUCUCUGUGUGAGCCACGGCUUUUAUCCCCUCUGUCCCGUCCCAGUCAUAGGUCAUCACGUGGAGCUGCCUGAAACUGCCCAAUGCUGUUUGCACCAGCCUGACUUCAGAAGAGCCAGGUCUGUGGAUGUGCUUCACUCUCUGCUUUGGCUGGGGUAAAGCAACAGGGCUCAGAGCUGUGGCUGCUGUGGCUCUCACCCAAGAGAGAACUUGCUGAAGGAUUCCUCACCCUCCACAGAGCGGUAAUAAUGACACAGCUGCAGUUUAAAGAUGCGUUUUGGUGCAAGGAGUUCACCCUCCAUACUGGCUAUGAGGUGCUUGUACAGCGGCUGUUGGAUGGGAGGAAGAUGUGCAAAGAUGUGGAGGAUUUGCUCAAGCAGAGAGCACAAGCAGAAGAGAGAUAUGGGAAAGAGCUGAUUCAAAUCGCCCGAAAAGCAGGAGGACAAACGGAAAUCAACACACUGAAGGCAGCAUUUGAGAGGCUCAAGCAACAAACUGAAAGUGUUGGAAACUCUCAUCUCCAGCUAGCAGUAAUGCUGAAGGAUGAACUGAAAGGAAUAGAGGAGUUCCGAGAAAGACAGAAGGAGCAAAGGAAAAAGUAUGAGUCUGCAAUGGAGCGCAUGCAAAAGAGCAAAUUGUCCCAUUAUAAGAAAACAAUGGAGUCAAAGAAGACCUAUGAACAGAAGUGCAAGGAGGCAGAUGAGGCUGAGCAGUCCUUUGAACGGACAAGUGCUUCAGGCAACCAGAAGCAAACAGAAAAGAGUCAGAACAAAGCCAAGCAAUGCAGAGACGCAGCAAACGAAGCAGAGAAUGUGUACAAACAGAACAUUGAGCAGCUGGAUAAGGUCAGGACAGAGUGGGAACAGGAACAUAUCAAAACCUGCCAGGUCUUCCAGCUCCAGGAGUGUGAUCGCAUCACCAUCCUCCGCAACUCGCUGUGGGUUCACUGCAACCAGCUCUCCAUGCAGUGUGUGAAGGAUGAUGAGCUGUAUGAAGAGGUUCGGUUAAGCUUGGAGAACUGUGUUGUAGAGUCAGACAUAGACUACUUCAUUAAAGCUAAAAUGACAGGAACACAACCUCCAGAUGCAAUAGGAUAUGAGAGCUACUACAGCAAAGAACCAAACAGAAACAACAGCAGUCCAACCCAGUCUUGUGGGAUGAUGAAGAGAUUCUCUGGACUACUGCAUGGAAGCAGCAAACACAACACGGAAAGUGCCACUCCUUCAGCCCCUCCCCUUGCAGAGAAACCAGAUGGGGUCUACGCAUCCAUUUUUGAAAAUCAGCAAGCUAGAAUCACGGCAUCACAGGACUACAGAGUACUUUAUGACUACACAGCCCAGAACAUGGAUGAGCUGGACAUCAGUGAAGGAGACAUCAUAGUUGUCAUUGAAGAAAAUGAGGAUGGCUGGUGGACAGCAGAACGGAAUGGGCAGCGAGGCUUUGUGCCAGGCUCUUAUCUGGAAAAGCUUUGAAGAAAAGAAGCCUCAGACUUCAAAAAUACUCUAGUACAAUGUCACCCCACCUGACCAAGGGCAACCCAUAAUACUGUCUUCUACAAUUACCAGUCAGGAAAUAAUAACCAACUGACCAUGCUUUCCUCUUCCUUCCUCCUGCCCCAUCCCAGCACCUCCUGGCCUACACUGUCUGCAAAACCCAAUUAGGAGUUUUGGUCCUUCCCAUAGCUCUUCCUCCCCUCAGCACACUGUGCUGCCAUCAGUGUUGCAAAGCUUCAUGAAUUCGGGAAGAAAAUCCUACCCAGAACUGACCUGCACUAAAGGAAAAAGACCCAGGAAGCAAAUGCUACAACUCCUGGAUGGAGGACCACCUCCAGCCAGCCUGUGAGCCAUCCUCAUGGUCACAGCAGCCACGUUCUCUGCCGUGGAUCCCUUCCUCUCACUGCACAGCCUAUGCACAUUAGUACUAGAAACACAAGGGACUCCCUUAUUAUGGCCAUCUCCUAAUACAAUGAAAUACAUGCUACCCAUGCCUCUGCUUUGUACUGGAUUCUGGGGCAGCAAAAUGAAGGCAGAUUGAAUCCAAGGCUUGCUUUUGCCUUGGUUGGUUUCCCUGACACUUCCCUGGGAUUUUUCAUGUUUAAAGAGCAAGAAAAGCAACAAACAAGCAAAGCCUCCAGCAGUGCUGCAUUGCCCUGAUCCUUCUCCUCUGAGCACCAGAGAGAAGUGCCAAUCACCUCCUCAUGCAAUCUGCAUACCCAUGUCAUCAAUGCAUUCUCCUUUCAACACCUCUGUCCACCUGGCUGAUGCUUCCACAUCUAUCUCCAGCCUCUGGGACUGCUGGUGCAGAAAUGGCCUGGUUCCUUUCCAGGCACUUUUAAUGUGCUAGUUCUUCAACAAACCCUCUUCAGAGGAGUCACACUGCACAGGUUAACUGUCUUGCACAGAUUUCAGCUCUAUCAGUCUUUCUAGUUUAUUAUUUAAGAAUGUUUCCAGCGGCCACUGUACUUCCCAAGGGAUCAUAGAAUAUCGAUAGGCAGUUUCUGCCACUUCUCCCUCUUCAGUAUUCCGAGAUGGUUAGAAUGAAAAAAUAAAAUAAAAGAUGUAAUCUGAAGCAGAGCACACUGUUUCUGGGGCAGAAUGACCUUGUUUGCCAAGGUUUCAGCUCUCAAAACUGAAACAAGGCAAUGAAGAUUAAUCAAAUUGCUACCCAAAAGGCACGGAGCAGAGAGGAACUGUUAGCUAAGACACAGCAGGAAAAACAAAGAGAACGCUACACAAAAUAAAAAGCCAUAAUGGUCAGUGCAAUUAUUCCUUAAAUGAGACAGAAUGAAGGUCAGAGGCACUUGCAGUGUUUAAAUUGUUUUAAUUUCUUGUUUCAAGAAUGGAAUAAAAGCUGCUGCAAGCCCAUUUUCUUUAGUUCCUUGCAGUCCUUUGCACAGGCACACUUGUCCUUCCCAUACUUCCCGAAGUCAUCAUGCAUCAGUGCUGAAGGGCUCUUAGUACCUCACAUUUGCAGAGGCUCAGAGGAACUGCAGGAAUUUGAAUGGCAUUUAAGGCACUAGGAUAUAUGAACAGUAGUGCGCCUUUCUGGCUGAAGGUGUUAAUGACAGGUUUCUGUGACCACAUCUGAACUGAACAGUGAUGAAAAGACGGACCACAAUAACCGGCAGCUAGGCCACCACAGUGUAAAUGCUGCUAUCAGAGAGAACUAUCACAUCACUCCUUAUGUACAGCAUGAGAGAAAACCUAAAGCAUAGGAUUUAAUAUAUUGGCUUCUUCAACACUCAGCCUUCCAGAGAAUUGUAAUAAACCAAUGAAUACUGAAAUAAAUUUAGGUGGAUAUUUUGCAGAUUA